GGAAGUGGUCGGUAAGGAAGCACCUCAUCGUGCCGGGGGGGGCAGAUCGAUCAAUCUGGUUGCGACCCUCGACAAGACUCGCACGCUGAUGGGAUAUAGACUGUUGAGGGCGAACCUGCUGCAGCCACUGACAGGUGGGAAUCGAUCAAUUUAUGACAGUCGGUCUGUGUUCGACACUGACUCUCUGACCGACCUUUCUCCCAAGAUCCCGCUACGAUUGUGGCCCGCCUGACGGCAGUGGAAGAGCUGGUUGAAAAACAGGUAAUCGACAAUGCUAUUGCGGCGCUUGCCGGACGAAUCUGAAUGCUUCUUACCUUCCCUCUUGACCUGACGAUGAUCCAGGAGCUUCAACAAGGCGUAUCACACGGGCUUGAACUUGUCGGCACCCAGAGAACGGACCUAGACAGACUGAUUACUGGCCUCCUAUAUCGAGGCACUCCUCUCGGCUCAGAUUGUGGAGAAGGUGUCACUGCCUCACAAACGACCCUAGGCUGUUUGAUUGGUCUCAGAGGGUAUCUGAUCUCGUCGCUAUCGCUCACGCAAGCUUUGGAGGAUGCUCAAGCACCUUUGCUUCGUGCUAUCCGCCAGUUCUUGGAGGUGCCUGGUCUGCAAAGUAUACUCUGCAUUCUGAAAAAUUGUUUGAACGAGGACAUCCUUGGCGGCAAGGGAGCUCUCGAGCAAACGAACGCGAGAGUGUAUGCAGUCAAGGUGAGGAGGUCAUGUGUGGAAUUCUGCCGCCCAACCACAAACACUCAAGCGCCGAGACUACGAUGGGCAGGCCGAUCACGCCCCUCUCUUGGACGUUGCUCGCAGUACUUACAAGGAGAACUCGGAGGAGGUGAUCAGUCACGUACAGGGUCUUGCGGGUCAGUAGGGCCGGCGCCAAGAUCUUUCCAGGUCAUGCCAUUGUCAAUGAUACCGUUCCCGCAUUUACGGCGCUAGAGCGGUACAGCUUGCCCUUCAAGCUGCGCAUGAGCCCUAG